ACAGCGGCGAGCGUCGUUUUAAAGUACUAUUUCCAGGUCACGUGAUUGACUCUGAUCAGAGUUCUUCUCAAGUUCUCCCAGUCAUUUAUUGGAAACCAUGUCUUUACUCUGCAAACGUUCCCCUGCAGGGCUCUUGUCACCAUCUCCGCUGACAAGAUGUGUCUCUACUUCUCCGUACGGUCGCUCACAUGUUUUCAAGCAACGUCUACCCAAAUUGCCCAACCCAGUAGUUCCUCAUUUUCCUCAGCGUGUCGUUCGUGCGGACGGCUCAUCAUACAUGCAAUGGACGACAUCGCCGCGCUCACGAAUAACGUUGACGCGCGAUACAACGAACAACCCCCUUUGGAACGCUACUCAACGCUUGAGCGGAGCGGUCGGAGAGGGAGGUAUAGAAGAUGAAGAGCAGGAGGGCACUGGUCGUUUGGGACGUUUCAGGAGAAGGUUUGGCCAGGAAGUUGGUGUGGGAGAGUGGACUGAGCUUCAAGAGGGCAUCGAGGCUGAAGUGGAGCCUCCAGCGAGCAAAAAGCAAAAGGCUACCCCGAAGAAAUAACUCCUCGCGUCAGACCCCGUGGCAAGCAUAUUCAAGUUGGCACUUGUCAUCUUAUCACCAAGAUGCACAAUCACAUCAAUCGAGCGAGUGCAAUUUUGUUUCG